AUGUCUCCUGCAUUUCUUGUCGCCGGCGCCACCGGCAAUACCGGACGAGGCGUAGUCACGACGUUGUCGGAACUUCUCAAAGACAACAAGACCUUUUCUGGUUACAAGAUUCUUGCUCUCACACGUUCUUCUAGCGGAGAUGCUGCCCAGCAACUCGCUCGCCUGCCCAACGUCGAGGUCAUUGAACAGAACUGGGUCGAGAUCACCGCAGACUGGCUUCGAGAACGCCACGUCGUCAGAGCUUUUAUCGCCUCGCACAACGAACCCAAUCACUUCGCCGAGGAGUCUACAUUCCAUCUCGCUGCUCUCCACGCCGGCGUUGAAUACGUCGUCCGGAUCUCAACAACCGCUGCAAACGUCCGUCCUGAUUGCCCUGCCUAUUAUCCAAGGACGCAUUGGGCGAUUGAGACCUUGCUGAGCUCGCCCGAGUUUGAUAGACUAAAAUGGACUUCAUUGCAGCCUAAUGUCUUUACGCAAUUUUGGCUUGGUCCGGCGGCCGGCUUGAUCAAGACGUUCCGCGAGACCGGGAAGCAAGAAACCUUGAGGCUCAUGGCUUCAGAGGAUGCUCCUGUUGGCAUCAUCGAUUCCAAUGAAGUAGGAGUCUUUGCAGCCCACCUUUUGGCUUCGGAGGAUGUUACUCCGCACAGCAAGGCUAAAUACGUCAUGAAUGGGCCCGAGGAUAUCACUGGACGUCAAAUUGUCGGUCUUGUUGAGAAGUAUAUCGGUACCAAGGUUGAGGAUGUCGUCUUCAAGGACAUGUCGAUGAUUGAACAGUUCGCAGCCCAUACACAGCAAUCCAAGAAUGUCAUCCUGUCAAUUAAGCAUGCUCCGGAAACUGCAUGGGAGGGGAAAUGCGGAGUUGCCACGACAAGCAAGGAGGUCCUCCAGAUUGCUGCGCCCAAGAAUACACCUGCUGAAAUUCUCAAGACAUUGGUUGGGGAUAACUAA